UUUGCUAGCCUCAUUUCAUUGUGAUCCGGCCAAAACCCCGCCUCUGUUUUCUCCCUUCAUCCCUCCCUGUCCCUCCUCCUCCUCCAAAACCAUCACCACCAGCAGCCCCCUCCUCCUUCCUCUCCAACCCAAAGAAAGAGGCCCUUCUGUUACUGUCCAAGUAUUUUGUUAUCAAAUGUUCAUUUCUUGAUUACAUUCUUCAUUCAUUUCUUCUUGAUACACUGUACAUUGUUUGUAAAACAGAAAACUGUUCCAUCCCUUUUUCUGGUUGUAGCUAUCCAAGCUUGAGAAAAUCAAGAUUGAGUCUUUUGUGGACAGGUGACUAAAGGGCUUAUAUAAGAAGUGAUAAAAAAAUAAAAAUAAAAAAACUAAUAUUAUUUUUUUCAUCAUUAGAAAAAAAACAAGUUUUUUGAGGAAAAUGGCACCAAGUUUUGAUUGUUCUAUGUCGAGCCUUCUCUGUGCAGAGGACGACAGUAGUGUUUUUGGUGAUGAUGGUGAUGAGGUUUUUGAUUAUGGAGUGGUUACGGAGGAGUUUGAUGAUAUAUGGCAUCAAGGAAAGCAUCAAAAGAAUAAUCAAAACAUGGGUUUUUAUGGAGGGAAGGAGAUUUUGAUUGGUCUGCCAUUGCCAAGUGAAGAGUUCUUGGCUUUGAUGAUCAAAAAGGAAUGUGAGCAUUUGCCUGCCACAGAUUACCUCAAGAGGUUGAAAAAUGGGGACUUGGAUUUGGGUGCUAGACAGAUUGCUAUGGACUGGGUUAAAAAGGUUCAUGCCCGUUUCAAUUUUGGACCUCUGAGCUUAUAUUUGGCUUUGAACUACCUGGACAGAUUCCUGUCUGUUCAUGAGCAACCCGAGAAGCCAUGGGCGAUGCACUUGUUGGCCAUUGCUUGUUUGACUCUUGCGGCCAAGAUGGAAGAGACUGAAGUUCUUCUAAUCCAAGAUAUUUUGGUUGGUGAUUCGAAAUCAUUUAAGGCGAAACAUGUUCAAAGAAUGGAGUUGCUUGUGCUGGGGGAGCUGAAAUGGAGAAUGCAAGCAGUCACUCCGUUCUCAUUCCUGGACUGUUUCCUUGAGAAGAUAGGUGGUGGUGAUCGAAGUAGCUCAAGUUCUUCAAUUACUAGAGCGACGCAGCUCAUAUUAGGCACAUUUAAAGGGAUUGAUUUCUUGGAAUACAGGCCAUCUGAAAUUGCUGCAGCAGUGGCAAUUUCUGUUGCAGGAGAAGCUCAAGCAGUGGAUAUUGAGACAGCAAUAUCUGCUCUUCUAAUUCAGCAUGUACAAAAGGACAGAGUGAUCAAGUGUGUGGAAUUGUUAAAAGAGGUGUCAUCAUUAGGAGAUUUCCCAAGUGCCUCGGCUCCAUCUGUGCCCCAAAGUCCCAUUGGUGUGCUGGAUGCUGCAUGCUUCAGUUGUAAAACUGAUGAUGCAGCAGUUGGGUCAUGUGCAAACUCUUCUCAUACGAGUCCAGUAGCCAAGAAGAGGAGGCUUGAGGACCUAUAAGCCAAAAAAAAAUUGAGGUCUUUGAAAAAAUGGGAUUAUUGGUGUGGUGGUUUUUCUUUGUUUUUGGGAAGGUACUUCUCCUCAAAACAGAACAGCCACUAAUAAAAAAGAAAACAGAUGGAAAAGAACAAUUGGGAGGAAGGAGGGGGGAGGGAGGGAACAGUCAGAAAUAUUAAAGUAGUGUUGUAGAAGAGAUUUAAAUUAUAAGUUUGCUUCUUUGGUGGUGGGAGAUGUAAGUUGAUUUGCAAAAGGUUCCUGCAGGAUUGGAGAAGUGCAGAGUUGCUCAUGAAUUGCGAGACUUCUUCACAGCUAGAGAAGGCAAAAAGGUUUUGCAAGAUAGGAGAAAAGUGUUUAUAGAAUAUAUAUGUUUUUUUUUUUUAAAAAAGGUUAUCCAGUUAAGAUUGGAUUUUUCUAUUUGUUUCUCUGGUUUGUUUUCUAUAGGACCAAACAAAAAGGGGAAGAAAAAAAAACGAAUAUGAGAGAGAUUUGGGGAAAAAAAUUUGGGCUUGCCAAAUAUUUAUUGUUAUCUUCGAAUCAU